GGGCACGAGCAGGGACAAACGCGACACUGUAAACAGAAGAAAAACAGGUAAUGAAGCAUCUAACAUUUGGAUGUGUUUUAACGUACUAUGCAACUACACAUGCAACUCAAUGGAUGUAUUAGAGAUAUUAAUUAUUAAUAUGUCAACAAAAAUAUGUAUUUUUUUCAAACAAAAUGAUAUUAUAUGCACCUAUUUAUGUGAUGUGUAUUGCAUUAGCUAAAUAUUUAACAUGAAAUUUAACUAGGUAAAUAACAUGAAUUUUAGUUUACAGCAAAUUUGGGUUUAUUUACUAGGCUGUGAAUAUUAGUGAUUUCAAACUCAGUUGCAAAUGUUAGAUCUAAAUUGCUGGGUUGGAAAAUGUCUACAGUUUAUCUAUUUUUUUGGGCUUGGUAAUUUUGUUAUGCAAUUUGGGUUUGAACUUAUUUACAUGUAUUUGUUUCUUCAUAGCAUAGAAAAAUAUAAUUUUUAAUGUGUAUAUGUUAAAAAAAAAGUUUUUAUGUUAAAAAUAUAAUUAGUUGUACUAGAUUUUGUAAAUAAAUCAAAAGAAUAAUCUCUCAAAACAAUUAAAAUAUUGUAUUUUAUUUGUCCAUUUGCUUACAUUAUGAUGCAACAUUUUCUACUGUUGCUCAAUUAAAGUAACAUUUAUAUAAAUAUAUAUUUAUAAUAAUAUAUUUUUUUUUUUUUAAAUUAAGAUAAUUUAUAAUAUAGCAUUUUUCACAAUAGAUUUUUUUAAUAUUUAAUGUUUUGUGUUUUUUUAUUUUAUCUUAUAUUAAUUUACAAGAUUUUCUAUACAAUAAAUGCAGCAAAAUUAAACAAACUCCUGAAAAUUUCUCAAAAAAGAAUGAGGGAGGAAAACAUUAAGAUUUAUUUGCACCAGUGUUUUUCAAUCAUGCAGGCAAUAUAAAUGUAUUUUUUCUAGAGCACUUUUUUUCCCUAAAGGGGCUAAAAUAAUUUAAUCUUUCCUUUAAAAUUUACCCAAUAUAGCAGAUUAUUUAAAGACAUUAAGACUUAUUUUACAUUACAAAACAAUUAUCUAAGAUUAUUGAAAAAAAAUAGCCCCUAAAACAACUAUUUAUCACAAAAUUCAAUAUUAUUGGAAUGUACAGGCAAAGAAGUAAUUUGAAGAGAACUGCAUCGUAAAAUAAUAACUUAAAAUGAAGUAUAGAACAAAGGCAGAAAAACUAUAGAUGUAUUUUUCUUUUAACAGACCGCUUCCAUCAUAUUCUACUUUCCUCUUUUUUUAACAUAUAUUUCCUUACAGGGUUUGAUUAAGGGUUCCAAUCCCUUACCGGCUUACCGAGUCUAUAUUGUUUAUUCUCAAACUUCUUAAAUUGUCAAGCUAUUAUAGCUUAGUUGGAGAAUUCUUCCUAAGAAGAACUUCUAAAUUCAACCUUUAAUAAAUAAAUUCUAUUUGUUAGAGAUCGUCACAGAGAGAUGAACGGAAAAAAAUGAAAACCAAAAGCAAGUAGAAAGAAUUUGAAACUGAUUAACAAAGAUUCAGUGGUACUCAUAAAAAAAAAAUAGUUCUUUGUUCACAAAUUAUAUUAUAUUAAGGAAAUUCAGAGACAAAAUUUUAGAAUUUCCGAACCUUUGUCCAAUGGCGUAGAAAGAAAAAAAGUUAAACAGUUAUGUAGUCCAUGUUUUUGAUGCACUUUAUUUUUUGUUUGCAUUUUUUUUUUGUAUUCAGUUAUUAUAAUUUUUAGAGCAUUCUACUAUAUGUAUAAAACAUAAUAGUCAGGUGCAACGUAGCCAUAAUAUAGUGAAGAUGAUUAUGGACUACAUAUUUGUGCCAUUGAACUUUUGUAUCUAUUUUUUCUUUUCACUUUUUUUUCUUUUCACUCUUCUUUUUAUUUUUUAUUUUUUUUUCCAUAUUUAAUCUUUAUUAAGUUUUCAUUAAAAAAAAAUUAUAAUAUUUAAUACCAGCAAGAAUUUCCGUGAAUUCAAAGUCAAUUUCAAUAUUUGGGCCAAAAUAGCCAAAUUCUAAAACAACAAAGUAAAUUCUGUUUUCAGCUUGCUACUUUGGCCUUAAAUUUUACAUUUACUUGAAUUGACUACAAAUCUCACUUUAGUGAAUAACUUUGUAGAUUGGAAUUGGUACUUUUAUUUAUAUUUUAACUUUUGCAUAGUUGUUAUCAAUGUUAUAACCUUAUUGUUUCCAGUGAGACGUUUUGCUUUGAUACAUAUGAUGCUCAAAUUUUGCAGAUGGAAACCAUUCAUUCUUUAACCUAUUUAGUAAAUAUACAAACUGUAUGGAUUGGAUAUCAGAACUUUUGAUAAAUUACCCUUGAAAUAUGUCUUAUGUUAGAGCUACAGUGAAAGUUACUUCUUUGUAAUAAUGAAAUUAAAUUCUGGAAACGUAUCUGCAGAAGUAAUUGCACAUUGCUGUUUCCUUAUCAUUAAAUUUAACAUCUUCGUUAGAAAAAAUGCUUAGGGUAACUGUCUAGACACCGCAAGAAAAUAAUCAAUAUACCAUUGAUCAGAGACAUUUCUCUGAUUAUAAUGUGUUUAUUAAAAAUAAAUACUCAGUUUUAGAGAUUAAAGGAUCACUAUAGUGCCAUGAAAACAUUCUCGUUUUCCUGGCACUAUAGGGUCAUUAGGUCCACCCUCAGGGCCCCUCUCCCGCUGGGCUGAAGGGGUUAAAACCCCUUCAGCCACUUACCUUUCUCCUGCGCCGGGCUCCCUCUGUGCUGGGGAACUCUUCACCCCCUACCGAUGUCAGAUCCAGAGCCACAUGCGCAUUCAAACCGCCCAUAGGAAAGCAUUACUCAAUUCUUUCCUAUAGAAGUCCAGCAUCUUCUCACUGUGAUUUUCACAGUGAGAAUCGCGGAAGCGCCUCUAGCGGCUGUCAGGGAGACAGCCACUAGAGGCUGGAUUAACCCUCAGUCAAACAUAGCGGUUUCUCUGAACCUGCUAUGUUUUCAGCUGCAGGGUUAAAACUAGAGGGACCUGGCACCCAGACCACUUCAUUGAGCUGAAGUGGUCUGGGUGCCUAUAGUGGUCCUUUAAAGCAGCACUGUCAAAUCUUCAAGUUUAGCACAACUUAAUAGCCAACUAAAAGUAAUUGUUUAUAUAUUUUUAAAUACAUUAUUUGCCAGGCAAAGCCCAUUAACGUAUGUAAAUUAGUUAACUAUUGCAGUGCUGUGUACACGUCGCUUGAAUGCGUAUGUAUGGCACUGAUGGAGAAAUGUAAGUACUUUUUAUACAUACCCCUGCUGUGUUAUUAACCAAAGUAAAUGCUGAAAAAGGAGGCGAUGGAAUCAGAAACUAUCACUUUUUUUCAAAAAAUUUUAAUUAAAGAAUUUUUAAAUAUAUUUAUAAAAAACAGUCAGACACACAGAUAUGCAUUUAGACACACUUACUAAACAUAUUGAAGACUGUAUUGUUAGGUCUAGUUGUCCAGGGGACUAAACCAGUAGUCCAAUCUACUUGCACGUCAUGGCAAUCUACUUGAAACAUAAUUUCAGACUGGGACACCUGCUUAGAUACCUGGACAUUGAAAGGGUUAUUCACUAAACUCCACAACCUUUUGCUGGAAUUUUUCUAUUCAGACUUAAAGGACCACUAUAGGCACCCAGACCACUUCCGCUUAAUGAAGUGGUCUGGGUGCCUGGUCCAGCUAGAUUUAACCCUUUUUUCUAUAAACAUAGCAGUUUCAGAGAAACUGCUAUGUUUAUAAAUUGGUUAAUCCAGCCUCUAGUGGCUGUCUCAUUGACAGCCGCUAGAGGCGUUUGUGUGCUUCUCACUGUGAUUUUCACAGUGAGAAGUCACCAGCGUCCAUAGGAAAGCAUUGUGAAUGCUUUCCUAUGGACUGGCUGAAUGCGCGCGCGGCUCAGGAGAGGAGAGAAGGCGGUGAGAAGGAGGAGAGCUCCCCGCCCGGCGCUGGAGAAAGAGGUAAGUUUAACCCCCCUGAGCCCGGCGGGAGGGGGGCUAUAGUGCCAGGAAAACGAGUAUGUUUUCCUGGCACUAUAGUGGUCCUUUAAUUUGUGGAAAUUCAGAGUUUAGGGAAUUACCAUGAAUGUGUUACCAUCUGCCCCUCAGAGUCUCUCCCUAUGUUCACCUCUCAAAGUGUGUGUGGUGACUGCUUGUAGUGUUUGUGAGUGCAGGCUGUGUGUAAUGUGUCUGUGUUUGUGCAGGUUGUAUGUAAUGUGUGUGAGUGUGUGCUACAGGUUGAGUAUAUUUUGUGUGUGCGUGCAGGUGGUGUGUAGUGUGUGUAUUGUGAUUUGGACCAUGUCCAUUACUCCAUCUGGCCAGCGCUCAGUAACGAAUUGGAGCCUUGAUGUGGUACCUAGAGAACUAUACUCUUGGUUUGCAGUUUGAGGUGCAGACCACAAGCACCCUGGGGCUUCCCAUCCCCAAGCCCUAGAAUGCACCACAUUGUGCAAAUAAUUUUAAGCCCUUCAUCUACAACUGAGGGCCUGAGUGACUUUACUCUGGACAGCAUCAUAUUAAAUAAGCAACAUACAGGGCUACUACGUAAUGUUCUAGCAUCACAACAUUUAGUAAAUCCACACAUUUUGCAUGUACAGUGUAACUGAAUCAAGUUAUCACCACUAGCUAUAGGGUUAUCACCAGGCUGCUUGGUCAAGGAAGGCAAAUGAUGAGGCCCCAAGGCAAAUCUGGACCAUAACAGCUUGGAUUAUACCACUCAGAGAACAUUCACUCAAAAAGACUGGAAUGAUUUCAAGCACAGACAGACCUGUUGAGGUUUUGUGUGCAGCAACCAAGGCAGGAACAGGCUUAUCUACACAAAAGUUUGUUGCCCUAUAUUCUCCUUUUAUUUCAUCUGUCUGGUCACUAAAAUACCAAGGUUUGCAGGAAGAAACCUUGUAUCUAAGUUCUCCUCCACUUAGUAUGGUUCCUCCUGGCCAUGACAGAAAGGUCCGGAGCUUAUAACAAUUAUUAACAGGAAGUCAAUAUGGAAGCAUCCAAUGAACACUCCGGGCAUCAAAAAAACUUAAUUGGUAUUAAGUCGUUAUGGUGCUAAGAGGUCCCUAAUUCAGGAUUAUCUUUAGUCGUUACGCCGUUAAAAACGACUAAACCCCAAAGUAUCCAAUCCAGUGCCCGGCUGAGAGUGUUAGCUGAUGCUUUAAGCCAAUCAGUACUUCCCCAUAUACAAAUUGCCUUGAGAAUGUAUAUAUUUUUCUCAAGCUGUUUUGUUUAAUGGAGAGCCACUGAUUGGCUUUAACCAUCUGCUGACAUUCUCCUCAGCCAUAUCAAAACAGAAGAACAUUCCAGGAUCAGGAAUGUAUGUUUAUUUAUGGUUACACCACCUCAUAAAAAGUGUAAAGUGCAACGUUUCAGGUCAGCAGAGCCUUAAUCAUACACAUUCAGCCAUAUAGCAGCACCCAGGCCAAAGCUUCCUUUUUCAAGCUUCUGAGCAGCGGAAGGACAGGGGGCAGAGCAAUCAGGCACUGGAUACUGGACUUUGUGGUUAUACUGUUUGUAAACAGUUUAAUGCCUAAAGGUAAGCAGGCGCCAGGGACAUCCUGGCAUAAUAACAACUACAUUCCAACAAAGUUGUUAUGGUGCUCACAGUGUUCCUUUCAACUCCAGGAUGGAGCUAAAUACAAUAGUGAUUUCUACAUUUUACAUUAUUUUUCAGACCUAAAAAAACACAUAUUUGUUAAAUACAGAUAAAUAUACAUAGUAUUGAAAAUCUUGGAAAGUGGCUGUUUCUUUUUAAAUGUGCAACAUUUUUCUCACUCACAGAGAAGCAUUAAGGGCAAAUCUCAAGUGCAAAACUCUGAGUUGAGUGGUUUGUUGCCCUAAAACAUAGUUUUAAAAUCAUUUUAACCAUUUUGAAUAAAUUGUUAUCUCGCCGUAAAAAAUGUAACUUGUUAUAUAAAGAGAUUAUAGAAUAAAAAUACCUUGAGCCAACCUACCAACAACCAACAACACAUACCUCAUGAAAUGUUUGAUAGUCUCCUCCGAGGGUCAUGGUGUGAAAAUGACCACGUUUGUUUAAUUGUGAAAACAUUCUAGAAUCCCCUGAGUUCUACAACCUUCUGUUUUAAGAAAGCUAUGAUAUCUCUAAAUGUAAUAAUCAGAUCACUAAGAAAGCUCAAGGAUGAAUUUAAUUCUGAAACCCAAUCCCCUUCCUUUCCCCCUACCCUCUCAGACUAGCAUGCCCUAAUGGCAUAUUGUAGUUGAGAGAUGUAAUCUACUAAUAACGUCAUAAAGUCUGUUAUACUAAAGAGAGAAGUAUAGUCUCUUAUCCCUCCCCAAUAUAUAUGUAUUAAAGAUGUGUCAUCUGAUGUUACUUAAUAUCAGUUAUCUUGUUGUAGCUACUGACUGAUAUUUAACUUUGCAUUAGAGACCAAAACUAAGCAAUACAACACAGAUAAUACAUAUCUGUGUUAUAAAAAAAAAAUUACAUUAUUUAAAAUGUGAAAAUUGAGCAGAAACUAUCAUGACUGUUUAUGAAAGUGAAAAUUCAGCGUGAAUUUUAAAUAUAAGGCUACAGUAGCCAAUCUGGAAGCAGAGCUGACUUUCUACAGUUCUGUGGUUUUAGUCUUCAAUUUGAAAUUUGAUUUGAAUUCAGUUUGAAUUUUCACGUUAGCGAAUAAUCCCGUAUAUGAAAAAAAAAUUGUAAUGCCUUUUAUUUUUCUGAACCAUGUGGGACAUUUUUGGAAAUGUUUUAUUUUCACAGGAUUUUUAUAUUUGCAAUUUACAAAUUAUCAGCAGUGUGACGAAUCACUAAUUUGUGCCCAACUUGAUGCUAAUUAAAGGGUAAAUAGCAAUAAUCACAAAUGUAACUCGGUAAAACAGACCACCUCAAAUUACAUUAAUAAAAAUUAGACAAUUAGGUAAUUAUAUCUCCAACAAUGAUGCACAGAAUGUAAGGAUGUAGGAUUUUUUUUUUUAAAUGAAUUAGUAAUUACUAAACACAUACAAAGAAUACCCUAAAAAAGGAUUUCCUAUAAGUUUGAAACUUUCUUUUAACUUUCAAAAACAAAUUAAAUUGAGAAAAUAUAUAAAAAUUUAAAUAAAUAAAAUGGUUUUGUUCACUUAGAAAUGUUUUGUUUUACUAAAUAUGAACUUUUUUUACAUAAAUAUAUUCAUGUUACAAUAAUUUUACAUAUCUAUUAUGCAAAUUGAUAUACUUUCUUUUCAGAUAUUUAGCAGAUGUUUAAUUACCUAGGAAUCUUUUAAUGCCGUUAAACUAUCCAUUUGACCUUAAUACCGACCAGACUUGAUUACUAAAAUUAUCUUUCUUUACCAACCUAGUGAAUUUUAUACGUCUGUGCAUUAUUGUUUUAUUUGUUAAUUUUCAACUGUUUAAAAAAUGUUUGAAUUGUUUAUUUUAAAAUAAAUCUGUUGAUUUUCUUAAACAAUAUAGAAAUGAUUUAUACAAGGACAUUACAUUGUUAGAUGUUUAUGUCUCAACCUAUUUAUAUUUGAAUACGCUUACUUAGAACAUAAUAUUUGAUUCAUUUAUUUAAGUAACCCAGCUAAUAAUAUCAAAUCGGAUUACUUACCCAAAUCAUAUUUGUGUGACAUUUGUAUAAAUUCUCAAAAAUGUUUCUCACAACUAUUAUUAUUUUUCUGGGCUUUUUACCAUAAGUGAUCUAAAAUACAUUCUAUAAAAUCACAUGUUCACGUUUUACAAUAACUAUUAUAUUACUCUAAUAAUUGUUAUAAAUCAAAUGUAAUGCUUCCGAAAAUGGAUGGCCCAUUGCUAAAUCCUACCUGACACUUUUACUUUGCCAGCAAUGUAACGAAAACUAUUUUUUUACGGAUUCCUUUGAAAAAGAUUAUUUUCGCACAUCUGAGUUUAACCCCAGGACAGCUGUGAAAUUAACCUCUGUGUUGUAGGUCCUUAAAUUGCUUUUCUUCUAACGCUCAAGAACAGAAAAGAUAAAUUAAAUGCAAUUCUUCAUACAAGUGGAGAAAAUGCAUAGCUUAAUAACAGAUUAAAGUUUAAAGAUGAACAGUUGAACAGUAGAACAAAACUCUGACAUUUGUUAGAUUAAAAACACAGAGGAUAAAGUUAACAUAUUAAACCAUUUGUCAAAAGUCAAUGCAUUGAGAAUGAUUAUUUUCAAAGAAAGGGGCAAAUUAUUUCAAAGUUUCUUUGGGAGUUUUCUGUACAUGAGAGGAAACAUAUUUUCCCAUUUGUACAUAUAACAGAUCUCAGUGGUUGUAUUGGCUUGUCAAUGUGGCUUCCUGCUGUUAUGUAACUCCUAUUAUCCCUAGUCAGUCUUUACUUGUGCCUCUUUUGGCCUUAGCCUAGGGAAUAGGUUAAAGUUUAUAGUUUGUGCAGAAGUAGAUGAACAGUUUUCUGAAUUUUUGUUACUGCAGGUAGUUCAGUAUUUUAAUAUAUUAUUACAUAUAUAUACAAAGUAAAUCGGGGAAUCUGGCACUCUACCUUGAAUGUAGCAAUAAUUCCAUGGACCACGGUGCUGCACGGUGUACAAUAUAGUAGAAAUGAAUAAAGAGAGCACUCAAUGGAUUCUCAAAGUUAAAGUCGUGUUAUAUUAAGUAAUCAACGUUUCGACCCAGAGGUCUUAAUCAAGAAAUGUUGAUCGCUUAAUAUAACACGACUUUAACUUUAAAAAUCCAUUGAGUGCUCUCUUUAUUCAUUUUAUAUAUAUAUAUAUAAAAUUAUUUUUUAUGCCACAUGCAUUUUUAACCUAAAUAGGAUUGCUGACCAUAAUACAAGGCUUUGCAUGUUUUAGAAAAAAAAAUAUUGUUUUACAAUUUAAAUUAUUUAUAUAACGCCAACAUAUUUGGCAGCGCUGUACAAUAGCUAAACAACACAAACAUUUCAUUCUAACAAAAUGCAUAUGACAUGACUUAUGGGAAUAGUGGGGGAACGGGGCAUGGCCCAAACAAGCAACAACACAAAAACAAAACAAACGAUUGUUAAGUUCCUUUCGUUUCAUGCCUGUCUUUAAUAAAUAGAUUGAAACAACUAGUUAAAAGUGGGAAUAAGAUACAAAAAAAUACAUGCAAUUUUGUGAUUUACUAAAGAAUAUCUCAUAAGAAAUUGUGGAGUGUUGAUACAUACCAUUUGAUCUUCAUCAAGAAAUGCACAAUUGUGUCAGAUAUUCCAAGGCAUUUUGUUAUCACAAAUCUUUUCGUUAAUCCACCAGUGUUCUCCAGGCUAUUUAUCUGCUCCACGUUAUAUAAGCUUCCACGUCAUAUUUUGUCAAAUCCCAUAAACUGAAAAAAACGAGGUUGAUCAAGCAAGUGAUGUUGAUGCAGCUCAAUUAAUGGGAUCUUCUAAAUAGAAGUAAAACUCAGAUAAUCUACAAAUGAGGUUUUACUAGAAAGAUCAGAUUGCGGGAAACAGAUGUUUCUCAUCUCUUCUAUUCAAUGUUAAUUUUUUAUUUUAACUUAAUCUGAUAAGACCUUGCAUUCCAAAGCCUGUUCCGUUCACCCGGUGGAGCUCAAUGAAAUCAUAUCUGUCAUAUGGCUGCCUGGUGUAGGUAAAGUGAUACUAAACAGUAAUUUGUAAGCUCUUAGUUUCCUCGAUCAGCAUUGAAAAUAAUGUCCCUACUCCAUCACGUUUAAAUACACAGAUACGUAUCGAUGUAUAAAAUAUUACACAAAUACAAUGGUAAAUGAAUAUUACAAUUAUGUAGAAAAAAAAAAAGAUUAUACAUGUAACUAGUGGCGGAACUACCCCGGUCGCAAGGGGUCACUCCAGUGUGUUGCGGCCCGGCCAGCACAGUAUAAUCGCCGGGGCUGCACAUUAAGGGGCCCAUCGGGUGGCCCAUGCUGUUAGAGCUACCUGAUGGAAAUGAAUUUCCAGGGGGCCCUGUCAGCAAUGCGGCGCUUUAACAGCAGACUCUGAUGGUGACAGCCAAUGUUAAUUUGUUUUAAAAGGAAGAGUUCCUCACAUACUCACCUGACUGACAUCUCAUCAAUUUCAAUAUCAAAUUAGUCUCAGAUGGAUUAUCUGAAUAGAAUCAUAUAUCUCAUGUAUUUAUUUAUUUUUAGCAAAGGCAGUGUUUGAUGGAUUCAUGUAUUAAAUAAAUGCUAGAGAAAUGUCUAGGUUUAGGUUUUAGGUAUCUAUUGGGUUACAUUUUAAAGGACCACUAUAGGCACCCAGAUCACUUCAGCUUAAUGAAGUGGUCUGGGUGCCAGGUCCAGCUAGGGUUAACCCAUUUUUUUAUAAACAUAGCAGUUUCAGAGAAACUGCUAUGUUUAUCAAUGGGUUAAGCCUUCGCCCAUUCCCUCUAGCGGCUGUCUCAUUGAAAAUCACAGUGAGAGCACGCCAGCGUCCAUAGGAAAGCAUUAUGAAUGCUUUCCUAUGUGACCGGCUGAAUGCGCGCGCAGCUCUUGCCGCGCGUGCGCAUUCAGCCGCAUGGGAGGAGAAGAGGAGGAUCGGAGGAGGAGAGCUCCCCGCCCAGCGCUGGAAAAAGGUACGUUUUAACCCCUUUCUCCUUUCCAGAGCCCGGCGGGAGGGGGACCCUGAGGGUGGGGGCACCCUCAGGGCACUAUAAUGCCAGGAAAACGAGUAUGUUUUCCUGGCAUUAUAGUGGUCCUUUAAAGUAACACUAUAGCACUAACGCUGUAGUGUCCUGCUACCUAUGUUAAUUACUGCCCCCCACCCCGUGUAAUGUAAAAUGGUAGGUAACCUUUUAUCUACCUUUCCUCCAUUACCGCACCGGUCUAUGCACCCCACUCCAUUGUUGCAGCAGCAACAACAAAUUUCAGCGUUUCAGAAACAAAUGCAAAUUACAUCAGGAGAAGUUUCUUAUUACGCUUUUUAGGUUUCCAUUUGGAGUAAGUUUGACACCAUCGCACCACUCAUUUGUAGGAAUUCAUUAUGCACUAUAAUAACUGGGAUCUCGUUGUGCACUAAAUUCACAGCUCCCUGUUUCUCCAUCAGGAUGCUGGUGUGACAUCACAUUCCACCUCCUGGGAUCAGUACAUGGUGUGCGCGGAAGCUCUGCAAGCAGUGCAGAGUGAUCCCCUCACUACAUACUCCGCAUCUUAUUGGCAUAGCAGACACUAUGUCAUGAUCCUCAUCACAGCUGCUGGCAUGCCACACUUGGACUUGUGUUCUUGGGCCUGGCUGGGAUUGAACCGGGAUCCUUUACAUCCCGACCAGUGACCUUACCUUAGGCUGGCAUCUCCUGAUGUAGGCGCGUGCCGCAGUGAUGCCGGAGCAGAAGAAUCAGAGCUCCCUCUCCGCCGGUCUGAACUCUGCUGCUGUCUCCCCAACUGCCUGCCAGCCGAGACAGCAGCAGCCCCACUAGACCACAGGGAAAAAUCCAAAAUGUAAGUGUGUGUUUGUGUGUCGGUUAGUGUGAGUGUGUAUGUGUGUUUGUCAGUGAGUGUUUAUGUGUGUUUGUCAGUGAGUGUGUAUGUGUGUUUGUCAGUGAGUGUGUAUGUAUGUGUGUCUGUCACUGAGAGUGUGUCUCUGUCAGUGAAUGUGUGUGUCUGACACUGAGUGUGUAUGUGUAUCUGUCAGUGAGUGUGUGUGUUUGUCAGUGAGUGUGUAUGUGUGUUUGUCAGUGAGUGUGUAUGUAUGUGUAUCUGUCACUGAGAGUGUGUCUCUGUCAGUGAAUGUGUGUGUCUGACACUAAGUGUGUAUGUGUAUCUGUCAGUGAGUGUGUGUGUGUGUGACACUGAGUGAGUGUGAGUAUGCAUGUGUGUCUUGUCAAUGAAUGUGUAACAGACCGUUUUGCCCACAAGAGGUUAAAAACCAUUUAGGCGAUAUUCCCCUUUCAGAUACACAGACAGCUACUGCAAUCACCAAUCUCCCGAACUGCAAAUUACAUGAAUUCUCCAACUCCCGAACAGGAAACUCACGAAUACAGGAAACAGCUGAACAGGAAAAACCAUAUGAAAGGUUUACACUCCUGGCAGUCAGCAUACAAUCCAAUUCCCCCAAUAACGAGACGACACUUCGUUUGAGGGUUAAGCAGAAUCUCUCAGAGCUGUUGUUUUAUUGUUCUUAUGUACACAUUCUUACACAUUAGUACCACCCACAGGGUUUUGUGAAACAACCAAUAAACAUGUACAAUACACUCAGACACUCCCACACAAAAUCCUCCACUCUGCCUGUGAUACAAUUACCUUACACAAUGGGUAAUGUAAUUAUCACAGCCAGAGAAAUGCAUACUUUUCAAGUUAUGAAUAAUGUGGAAAAACUGUAUCACAUUCACAUAAAAUAGAAUCAGCAUACUCCAAAUACAAACAUACGUCAAAAUCAUACAAAUUGGUCCAUUGGUUCAAAAGAUAGAUCGAAGUCCUUUGUGACCAAAUGAAGCAUGGCUUUUCUGCCCAAAACUAGUUCCACAGAGUCUUCUAUCCUGGAGAUAAUUGGGAAGUAAUCCAAUUAUCUCCAAGGACAGAGGCAAAACUCCAUUGAACACAUGGCAGCAAAAGACAAUAAAACACAUAAAAACAUAUAACUGUGCAGCCAUUGCACAAAACAGGUACAUUCAACAUAUCCCCAGAUAGCUCAGAUCUGAGUGCACAAUAUUACUGAAUGGCGCUCAAAGCACACACAUACAGUUCAAUUGCCAUGGAGCCAAAGUCUUUCCCAUAGUCUUUCAUUAUACGAAUGGGCUCCAUGGCAUAGCUAUCUGGGGUAUCACCGCUCAAACAGGGCAAGCACCGAAUGACCUGGCUUUUGUGUCUUCGCAGGGGAAAAUCAAGUGUUUCAACAUAGGGCCAUAGUCUAAAGGCAGCAGGCGGGCAACCAGGCUUCUCCACUGCAUAGUGGCGAGGUUGGUUCCGCCACAGAGUGUGUGUCUGUCAGUGUAUAUGUGUGUCUGUCGGUGAAUGUGAGUGUGUAUGCCUGUGAAUGUGUAUGUUUCAGUGAGAGUGUGUGUUGGUUAAACAGUAUGCGUGACAAUGACUGUGUAUCUGUAAGUGAGUGUAUGUCAGUGCAUGCAUCAGUGAGGGCUUGUGUCUGUCAGGAAGAGAAAUUUGGAGGGGGGGGGGUGCCUGAGUUUUGUAAUGCCUAGGGCAGCACAAAACCAGAAUACACCACUGCUGUACAUACACACACACACACACACACACACACAAACUGCCUAACACACAUGUACACACCCUACCUAAUGCAUGACAGUCACAUAGUCAUACCCUUGGGUGACUAAAACCUCCCUUACAUAAUGCACUGACACCAAUAUGUUGGGUAAAAUUCUGUCCACAGCUUUUAAUAUAAUAUAAUAUAAAUUUUUAUACGUAAUGUCAUUGUCAAACAAGCCCUGUGACACAGUAUAUACAUAACACCAUAACAAUAUAACAUACAUAACAUCAUGGCACUUUAUUAAGUGCAAAAAUACUGAGAUAACCCUACAUCUCCAAAUUCUAAGCCACAGGCCAGCUCGAAACCCACCAUACCAACUUGCCUGAAUGAUCCAAUUUAGGGAUAUACCGAGAUACCCCUACACCCCCAGGUUCUGAGCCACAGGCCAGCUCGAAACCUACCAUCUUUUAAAUCACAUACCAACUUUAAAAACACAUAAUUAAUUCAAUCCCUAACAACAAGCCAUUCCACCCCUCACUUUACCUGCCUCUGUGACCAUAUAACUCCAAACCUAUCCAAAAUCACAUAUCUAAAUAUUCACAGACAGCAAGCAGCCCUCUCUCGUCCCUUACAUAUUCAUGUGGGGGGACUGAAGGCACUGAAAGCAGCGUGGUACCUACCCUCCGUCUCAGCAGGCCCUGCUGACAAUGUUUCCACCACAAGAUUUCUCCAUUAUGGGUAAAAAAAAGCGCACACUACACCAAAUAUCUUAUUACAUCGAUUUUUGCAAAUUCUGUGAAAGACCUUACAUUUUAUCCAUUAUUUCAUUUCUCUUCAUGGAUUAUUUUUUUAAAUACUAAUUCUGCAAGAUCUCUUCAUCAAAGGUUUGCCUUUAACUCACAUAAGACAUAAAAGAGGUGACUCUACGUUGUGUUAUUUGAAGCUAAUUCAUUGAACUGUGAGAAUUGUCAGGUGCUCACAUGAAGACGAGAACAACAUAUUUGCCCUUACACAAAAAAAUCUUUGUGUCUUUCCCUGACAGACUUGACAUUAAGAGGUAAAAAGUAACAAAUAUUGUGUUUUUUAGAAUAUAUUAAUAUUAUUAUUGUUUUUAUGUAGAUAUCAGUAAAAACAAAUCACGAUUUGCUCCACUAGCCAAAAUUACUGAGUUACGUAAAAAUGUGUUUGUAGUUUGGGUACCAUGUUGUGCAACAAGCUCUCUGUCUCGACAGACAUGAAAUGGAUGUCAUUUUUCUUCAUUGUUUCCUGUCUCUUGGGCCUGGUGCAGUCACUCAUCCUUCUAGAGGAAAAAAGAGAGAGCACCAACAGUGAAAGUGUCAUUCGUUUUCCUGAGUUGCUGCCGCCCAUCUCUAUAGUGGGUCAGUAAGUAGCCAUAUUGAUUUGUCAGCACGAGCUAAGGGGUGGUAGUUAUUCUAAUGACUGUUCAUUGCUGUAUCUCUUCUCAUCUGGCAGAUUUAACAAAGGCAUCUCGGAGGGUGAGCAGAGUGGAAGCAGAAAAGAAUAAAAUGGGAAAGGUAAGGCAUUUCUGUUUGCACAAGAAUCCUUAAAAGAACCACUCCAAACAUCUAAUGCACUUUAGCUUGCUGAAGAGUGUGUCCUGUUUUUUUUUCAGUAGAAAUUGGCAUUUUUAUAUAAUAACCUUGUUACACCCCCCUGGCUGUCAAUCAGACAACCGGUCCUGUUACUUCCUGGUUUGGUUAACUCAGUGGAGCAAAACUCAAGAGGCAGGGAAUUGCCCAGAGCACCUGCCUUACAAAGACUUCUCAUUGAGCUGCAUUGGGAAGUCUGUAAUUGGACAGCCACCGAAUGUCUGUGCAGAGUUAGAAGGGGAGGGCUUGCAAAGGCUUCAGAUAAAAGAACUGCUGCUUUUUCAAGCUGUUUUUAGAUAUACAGCCAAUAAAUAAAUUCAUAAAUAAACACAUGCAUAUUUUCAUAUAAAUCUAUAUAAGAUAGUUGUUGUUUGUUUUUAUAUGGGUAGGGGGUGUCCCUUUAACUCCUAACAUCAAUAAUGUCAUAACAGCUGCUAGUAAUACCAACUACAAGCUAUAAAAUCAAUUUAGCUACAAAUCUGCCACUUAUUAUUUAUGUAAUAUCUGGCCAAAAUCCCAAAACUGCACUUUUCCAACCCUUAACAUUCUGAAUAUAUAUCCUUUUGCUCCCUAUGGAACCUUCUGUACUAGCUUUGCUAUCGAUCUAUUCAUUCAUUAUGGCAGAAUUUGUCAAACAGUUUUCCAUGGGAACAGCUAUAGACACUUAUUAAAAACACUUCUCUACUCUGUGUCAUUUUCAUUUAUCACAAAAAUAAACAUGUCAGACCAUAAGGUGAAACACUUAGUUCUAAGUUUUUUUGGUUUUUUUUUGUUUUGUUUGUUUUUUUUUGUUUGUUUUUUUCAUGUCUCUACACUCACCACAAACACUCAUCAUUCUAUUUUUCUAACAUCAGCACAUUUGGCCACAUUCAAAGUUCUUGUUGGCCAAUGGUUGUCCACAGACCUCAUGUUGAGACAAUAUUUGCUUGACGUGCCCUCUAGAAACAUGACAGCUCUAUGUUUUAUUCUAGUUAAGCCCAUAAUGUUUAGGCAGACCUGUAUGAAGGAACAGAAAAGGAAAAAGGGUCCAUAGCUGUAAUGGUCAUUGUCUGAAAUUGAAGGAUAUUAACAGUGAUUUCUAGAAAGAGUAUUGAAUUUUAGGAUUAAACAUGAGGUUGAAGUUGGAAUGACAAAUAUGUUGACAUAGUAUUAAACUGCUUGGUUUAGACACAAUUAGGACAUUCAUUUUCCAUACCCCAAGCUGCAGCUAACAUUAGCUGAUAUAUCCUGGGUGAGAAUCCAACCAUUACCAACUCAUAUACUCAAUAAACAUGGAUGUUUAAGUCCUCAACUCAUGGAUAACACCCCAUGGGAGGUUGGAUUCAUAUUGGUUAUAACAUCUGUGAUGAACUGUAGGGUUUGCUAGAACUUUCAACAAACUAUCAAACAAAGUGAGUUUAGCCCCAUGUACGUUGUAAGGUAGGCAAUCCAGUGUGUACAUUUUAUUUUCUUUGGGAACUUAUCUAGAAUGCAAUGAACAAUUAAAGGGUAGGAUGCUGAAUAGACGUUUGUUUCAACCUCUAAAUGUGUGUCUCUAUGUGUGAUAUUGAUUUCCACAGAGGAAAGUCCCUCCAAAAAAGAAGCCACCACGACCACCACCUCCUCCAAAUUGUGUGCCUCUUCUAUCCAACUGUAAACACCCGGCACCUCCCUGCUGUGAACAAUGUGCCAUUUGUCAUUGUCAAAUCUUUCAAACCAUUUGCAUCUACCGGAUGGGUUACCCACACUGUUGAGCUAUAUAAAUGAUGCACAGGCAAUGGACAAGGAAUUCAUUUUUUAAGAAAAUCAGAAGAAAAUGGGUUGACAGUAAUAAUCAAAACAUAGGCACUGAAUGUGUUAACCCAAAAGGACUUAACUCAUAUAUUUCUGAACUUUAUGUGUAACAACAGAAGCCAGUUCAUUUUAUGUUUAUCUGUACGGCUAGAAUUUUUUCUAAUUCCCCCCCCGAAAAAAUGAAGAUACCUCCCUAAAUCAACUACACGUUUCCUCAAUGCUUUAUUUACUUGUCCAACACAAUCCAUGUCAAUAUUUGUAUUCACUAUACAGGCUGUCAGAGCUGCCAUCAGAAGUCUUGAUGACCCUUACAAGAAAUUGGCCCAGGACCCACACAAAUACACACUCCUUGCCACAAAGCUAUACACACAAACGGUCAUACACAUACACUAUUCCAGAAUAAACAUAGAUACACACUGCCAGAAACACAUACAAAAUGUCAGGAACACACAUUUAUACAUAUAUAAACAGCCUAUGUACAUAAAUACAGAGCUGUACCGGUCCACUUAACAGGAACCUAAUUGUACCCCCUGAUGGCGGUCCUGCAGGCUAUUGGAAUGGAUACAAAUAAAAAUUAUUUUGUGAAACCAGUAUUUUUACUGGAUUUGUUGACAAGAUUAAAUAGAGAAGUACAAACAUCUUGGAUUCUAAAAUUCAGUAGUAAUAAAGGUUAUAUUAUUGUUUAACAAGAAUUAAAUUCAAAACUUGUAUGAAUUGUUUUAGAUAUCUUGAUCAGACUGGCAAAAUGUAUGGGUAUUCAAAGUUUAUAGUGUGUCAUUAACUUACAAUUGUGUUUUAUAUUAACUUAAAUGUUUUACCAACGGUAAAUCAACAAGUGAAUUUAAAGGAACACUAUAGUCACCUAAAUUACUUUAGCUAAAUGAAGCAGUUUUAGUGUAUAGAUCAAUCCCCUGCAAUUUCACUGCUCAAUUCACUGUCAUUUAGGAGUUAAAUCACUUUGUUUCUGUUUAUGCAGCCCUAGCCACACCUCCCCUGGCUAUGAUUGACAGAGCCUGCAUGAAAAGAAAACUGGUUUCACUUUCAAACAGAUGUAAUUUACCUUAAAUAAUUGUAUCUCAAUCUCUAAAUUGAACUUUAAAUCACAUACAGGGGGCUCUUGCAGGGUCUAGCAAGCUAUUAACAUAGGUGGGGAUAAGAAAAUCUUAAUUAAACAGAACUUGCAAUAAAGAAAGCCUAAAUAGGGCUCUCUUUACAGGAAGUGUUUAUGGAAGGCUGUGCAAAUCACAUGCAGGGAGGUGUGACUAGGGUUCAUAAACAAAGGGAUUUAACUCCUAAAUGGCAGAGGAUUGAGCAGUGAGGCUGCAGGGGCAUGUUCUAUACACCAAAACUGCUUCAUUAAGCUAAAGUUGUUCCGGUGACUAUAGUGUCCCUUUAAAAAAAAAAUGCUAAACGUGGCCAAAUUAGAGUGUUUAUAAUUCUGAAUCUUACCUUCUAUAUUGGCUUUUUUUGUAGCAAAUUUCCCAAUUUGGAAUAAGUCCCCAUGUUCCUCAGUUACCCCUUGAGAUUACAGGUAUUGAUACUGUGUGAGCGUGAGCUUGAAACCAUUGCGUUAAUAUCCAUUUAAUUUUUAUAUCUCACUUGCAGUGUGCUGCAUUGGUAGGUAUCAUGCAUCAUCAAGGGUCUAGAACAGGGUUAGUCAACCGUUGGCAUUCCAGGUGAUGUGGACUCCAUCUCCCAUGAUGCUUUUACAUUCAUAAUGCUGGCAAAUUGUCAGGGGUCAUGUAGUUCACAACAUCUGGAGUGCCAAAGGUAGUCUCCCUCUGGAAUUUCAUGACUAAAAAAUUGAUGCAAAGAGAAUCAUCUGUUUAUAUUAGACGUGUUUUGACAAGAUAAGUCAUCAUUAAGCUAAUCACUUAUUAUUGGUGCACCUCGGGAGAUAAGUACGUUUUCCUAUGACUAGCUUCCGGUUAUACAUUUUCAAGAAUUCUCCUCUCCAGUGCAAUCAUGGAUCCUAUAUCAUUUCAAUCAAAACCUUUUAAGGCUUAAUAAAGUUGGUAAAGUCUGUAAAAUGUACUACAAAAUAAGUUCACCAAAGUUUUUCCCUGAGUGGAGUUCUGGAGUUGAGUGCCUAGCAAGGACUCGAGUUUGACAAAUCAAGGUUGGAGAUGAUCACGAUGAAGAUUGUUUCUAUCUAGCAUUCAAACUCACCACUCGAAUGCCCUCAAGUAGCUUACUUGUAAGUCAUUAGCCAGUGUAUAAGCAUUUCUGAGAAAUGCUUUAUUUAGUCUUUUUUUUUUAACGUUGCAGUACUUCCCAAAUAAAGAAAUAUAGAAACUAGUAUUUGAUUGUGUGACGGCAUUCACCGUCGCCAGGACCAUAUUAACUCUGUACUUUUCUCUGGCAACUUUUUUAGUAGCUGUUGGCCACCAUUUUCCACAGAGUUACUACAAGAUGGUCUGGGAUCACGUGUGACUGGGUUUGCUGUUGGAAAUUAUGGGACUGUCUGUUUGUGUAUGUCUGAUAUCUCUUGUUAUUUCCCAGACCUGGACAUUCUCGUCACCUGUCAGGUCUGGCAGUAAAAUACUUGACAAACCCCUUCUCCCCCCAUACUUUCAUCAUAUUGUCUUGAAUCCCACAGACAAAGCCUUGAAAGUAGACCUCAGGUUUGCUGGUGUAUUCAUGUCAGGCUUUGAAAUGUAAGGCACCAUAACACUCUUCCAGAAAUAUUAUAUCUAGCAAUCCAGCCACUUAAUAUCCUUUGAGUUGGGAUGAGGCCUUUAGAUGCAGGGACUCCAUAGAUCUCUCUCCUGGUUAUACCUUUGUUGUAAAGGCAUUAACCUCAUUUAUUUUGCUAGUUCUGCCCCUGUUCAGGCCUGGCUGGCCAGGCAUAUCCAGCACUCUUUUGGGUCCAUCUCUGUAGCUUACAUCCUCCCAAGUCUUUUGUAUCACCUCUGAUGAUGGAUUGACUUCAAAGAUAGCCAAUCUAUCUGAAACUAUCCUCAGGAACUCCUUAUCAGGUGAGGACACAGCACAGAUGCUAGCUUGAUCCAUCUCAAUGAGUUCCAGAAGAUGUGCAGGGGUCCCGGGGGUAGGAUGUUUGAAUGUUUCCCUUGUAGGAGAGAGGAAGUUGAUCUAGAGGAGGUACUCAGUCAGAGAAUGGGAGCUCCGCUACAUUUUGUGGCAGGUGGGAUGGCUUCCUAGCUAGGACAGAGUUCACAUGGUCCAAACAAUGGAAACUAUGUGGGUGGCACAUUGAAUAUAAUAUUAAUUUGUUUUUGAAAGGCAAAAAUAGUUUAAAUAUAUCUAAUUACAUUAACCCUACAUAAUCAAACUGCAGUUAGAAGGUAUGUACUUAUAUAUACUCACAGUAGUAUCACUUCUUGGUUAUGUUAUCAGAGGUACAUUUAUCAAAUACUCAAACGCAUUAAUACCUUGGGGACUAAACAAUAGAAAUAAUAGUCUAUACAAUUAUGUUAUCUAAAGUAUUUUAGUGUGGAAAUCAUACUUCCUCAUUAUUGGAUUCUACAGUGCCUUGCAAAAAUAUUCAUAUAUAUGGAAAAUUGAUUAAGAAAAACAAAAUAUCAGCCUUUGUAAAGACUGUAUAGAUAUCCAGCCUCCAUAUUAAUAUUUAGUACAGCCUUAGUAGAGUUUCUGUAAUAAUAUCUUUAAUUGAUUUGACAUGAUUAUGGUGUCUGUAGUCUGUAUGUGCAAUGUUUCAAUAUGAAACUUUGCAGAUACCGAGUGUAACCCUUUUGCUACCAGAGGUGUAACUCUUCCUUUGGUAGCGUCUUUUGAUCAUUAGUAGCCAACCCCGAAUGAGAGCACUGGUCUGGCUAAUGUCAAUUCUUUGCAGUAUUCAUACACACUGUGCCAUUCAUUGGCUGAGACUGGUCAGCAGACACUUUCCACCAAUGACUGGUGACUGGAUCAGCUUGCAGUUUCUUCAGCUCUGAAGAAGCUGGAAAUGCGUCACCAAGCAGGAGAGGAGCCCAACGGGGACCCAGGUAAGAGGGCAAACCAUUACUAAACAGUAUGCACCAUUACUGGGGACCAGGCCAGGGUACUCCUAGCUUCAUAAUCACUUCACCGGGCUGUAGUGGUCUUAAUGCUUGGAAUAAUCCUUUUUGAAAGGUAAGCAUGCACCAGUUUUGGAGUUUGGUCCAACGUUCUUGAUAUUUGUGCUCCAUGCUGACUGAAUGCUGCUUGUGGACUACAAUUUUCAACGAACAUUCCAAAUAAUCAUUGGGAUUGCGUUCAGGACUUUCUCCUCUUCCUUACUCUAGCCAUUCCAGAAUGAACUUAGGCUAGUACUUGCAAAUCAUUUAUAUCAGUGAAAUAAUGAAUUAACUCCCUCUUAAAUUUUUUUUGAAGACUGAAGUAGGUUCUUGAGUAGUAUAUCUCUAUGUUAUGUAUCAACCCUCUGCCCUUCAUUCCUAAUUCAAUUGGUCCAAGAUCUGAGUAUUUUUGCAAGGCAUUGCAUUCGGUUGCUAAAAUAUAAGCUAAAUCUUUUACUAUUGGAAUUCAUAUUUGUCUUAUGUUUUAUGUUAUUAUUAUAAAUAUACAUUUCUGUAUUUUAUCCUCACUGAGUUGUCAAUAUUAUUUUUAUAUCAGAUGCAG